AUGGACGAACACCGAAAGUUGCUACUUCUGAAAAAGAAAGUGCUUCUUCUUAAGAAGAAGGAGCUUUUGCACAAGAAGAACUGGUGGGUUCGACCUGUUUGGGAAGAUAGGAAGACUGAAAGUGAAUUCCACACAGCAAUGCGAAAACUGAGAGAGAGCGGGGACAGUAGCUACUUCCACAAGUACUUCCGCAUGGGUCCCGAAAUUUUCGACAUGCUGCACAAGUUGGUCGAAGAUGAUCUGCGAAAAGCCCACCUCUGCAGGGAACCGAUUUCAUCAGCUGAACGACUUGCAUUUACACUAAGGUACUUGUCAUCCGGCUUAGAUUUUAAGGAUGUAGCAAUGGCCUUCAGAGUGGGACUUGAAACUGCACGGGAGGCUAUUCACUUAACUUGCAGUGUUCUCUGGGAAAGACUGAGGGACCUGUACAUGAAGCCACCAGGUCCUGCAGAAUGGGCAGACAUUGCGAGAAGCUUUGAUGAACGGUGGCAGUUUCCAAACUGUCUAGGGGCAGUUGACGGCAAGCACGUCAGAAUUGUUGCACAAAAAAACAAAAAACAACUGGGUCCCAGUACUACAACUACAAGGUAA